AGCUGCACAAAUUCGCAGCGGGCGGCCGGGGCAGCGGCUGCAGCAGCGGCGGCGGAGGCUCUGCAUUACCAAGUCCUGCGUCCUCUGCAGGCGCCCGAAGCUGAGUGCGCAUCCUCUACCGCACCCAAGCUUCGUCUGUCAUUUCAAGCUCUUCAUGCUGCCCAACUAAAAGGAAAACAUGGGCACGGGGGAUUUUAUCUGCAUUUCCAUGACUGGAGGGGCGCCCUGGGGGUUCAGAUUGCAAGGUGGCAAGGAGCAGAAGCAGCCCUUACAAGUUGCAAAGAUUCGAAAUCAGAGCAAAGCCUCUGGGUCUGGGCUCUGUGAGGGAGAUGAAGUGGUUUCCAUCAAUGGCAACCCUUGUGCAGAUCUCACCUACCCUGAAGUCAUCAAGCUCAUGGAAAGCAUAACAGACUCUCUCCAAAUGCUCAUCAAAAGACCAUCCAGUGGAAUAAGUGAGGCUUUGAUAUCUGAAAAUGAAAACAAAAACCUCGAGCAUCUCACACAUGGGGGUCAUGUGGAAAGUACCACCCUGCAGAUUCGACCAGCCACAAAGACCCAGUGCACAGAGUUCUUCCUCGCCCCUGUCAAGACUGAAGUUCCCCUAGCUGAGGAUCAAAGAAGUGGUCCCGAUUGUGCAGGGAGCUUGAAAGAAGAAACAGGCCUGAGCUACCAGAGGGCUCCCCAAAUGCCUGACUCCCAAAGAGGACGCGUGGCAGAAGAGCUGAUCUUAAGGGAGAAGAUAGAAGCCGAACAGCCUGGCCCUGUGGUUGAGCUGCAACUGUCCCUUUCACAGGAGAGACAUAAGGGCGCUAGUGGCCCUGUAGUGGCUCUCCCGGGACCCGAAAAAUCUAAGUCUCCUGACCCAGACCCUAACUUGUCACAUGACAAGAUUGUCCACAUAAAUUCGAUCCCCACUAAUGAGAAAGCAGACCCUUUCCUGAGGUCCAGCAAGAUAAUCCAGAUCUCUAGUGGCAGAGAGUUGAGAGUGAUCCAGGAAAGUGAAGCAGGAGAUGCGAGACUGCCCCGGGUGGAAGUGAUCCUCGACUGCUCUGACAGGCAGAAGACAGAAGGGUGCAGGCUUCAGGCAGGAAAGGGGUGUGUGGAUUCUCCAGUGGAAGGAGGGCAGUCAGAAGCACCUCCUUCUCUGGUAUCAGAAGGCAUAGAGCAGGGAGAAGAUCCACGCUCGGAAAAGGAUCACAGCAGACCUCACAAGCACCGAGCGCGGCAUGCACGGCUCAGGAGGAGUGAAAGCCUGUCAGAAAAACAAGUGAAGGAAGCAAAAUCUAAAUGCAAAAGCAUUGCCCUUCUUCUAACAGAUGCUCCCAAUCCCAACUCCAAGGGGGUGUUGAUGUUUAAGAAGCGACGUCGGAGGGCCAGGAAAUACACCCUAGUUAGCUACGGUACUGGCGAGCUUGAACGAGAGGCGGACGAGGAGGAAGAAGGUGACAAGGAGGAUACAUGUGAAGUAGCAUUUCUUGGUGCAAGCGAAUCAGAGGUGGAUGAAGAGUUAUUGUCUGACGUUGACGACAACACACAAGUUGUGAACUUUGACUGGGAUUCUGGACUGGUGGACAUUGAAAAGAAACUGAACAGAGGGGACAAGAUGGAGAUGUUACCAGACACCACAGGCAAGGGAGCCCUCAUGUUUGCCAAGAGGAGGGAGAGAAUGGAUCAGAUCACAGCCCAAAAAGAAGAGGACAAGGUAGGUGGAACGCCAAGCAGAGAACAAGAUGCUGCCCAGACGGAUGGCCUGAGAACCAUGACUUCUUACCAAAGAAGGGAGGAAGAGUCGGUGAGAACGCAGAGCUCUGUGAGCAAAAGCUACAUCGAGGUGAGUCAUGGUCUUGGCCAUGUUCCUCAACAGAAUGGCUUCAGUGGGGCAUCUGAGACAGCAAACAUCCAGAGGAUGGCCCCCAUGAAUAGAACGGCCAAACCCUUCCCAGGGUCUGUGAAUCAGCCAGCCACCCCCUUCUCGCCAACCCGAAACAUGACGAGUCCCAUUGCUGACUUUCCUGCACCUCCACCUUACUCUGCAGUCACUCCACCCCCUGACGCCUUCUCCAGAGGGGUAUCAAGUCCAAUUGCUGGCCCAGCACAGCCCCCUCCAUGGCCCCAGGCUGCCCCCUGGUCCCAGCCAGCCUUUUACGAUUCAUCUGAGCGAAUAGCUUCCCGAGAUGAGAGGAUCUCAGUGCCAGCAAAAAGAACAGGAAUAUUGCAGGAGGCCAAAAGGAGAAGCACGACAAAACCCAUGUUUACUUUUAAAGAGCCCAAAGUAAGCCCAAAUCCUGAACUCUUGUCACUGCUUCAAAAUUCAGAAGGCAAACGGGGCACUGGAGCUGGAGGUGAUUCCGGACCGGAAGAAGACUACCUCAGCUUGGGGGCAGAGGCUUGUAAUUUCAUGCAGAGCUCCUCUGCCAAACAAAAGACCCCUCCUCCUGUUGCUCCAAAACCUGCCGUCAAGUCCUCAUCCUCCCAACCAGUAACUCCAGUUUCCCCAGUCUGGUCUCCAGGAGUGGCUCCCACCCAACCUCCUUCCUUCCCCACAUCCAACCCAUCAAAGGGCACCGUUGUCUCCUCCAUCAAAAUAGCCCAGCCUUCUUACCCUCCUGCCCGGCCUGCAAGUUCUUUGACUGUGGCUGGUCCCUUCAAAGGACCACAAGCAGCAGUAGCCAGUCAGAAUUACACACCCAAACCAACAGUUUCCACAGCAGCAGUCAAUGCUGCUCAGCCUGGUGCAGUGGGACCAUCCAAUGAGCUUCCAGGAAUGAGCGGGAGAGGAGCUCAGCUCUUUGCUAAGAGGCAGUCGAGAAUGGAGAAGUAUGUGGUGGAUUCAGACACGGUGCAGGCCCACGCUGCUCGAGCUCAGUCUCCCACUCCAUCUCUCCCGGCCAGUUGGAAAUACUCCUCCAAUAUCCGAGCACCUCCUCCUGUGGCCUAUAAUCCUAUCCACUCCCCCUCUUACCCACUGGCUGCUCUCAAGUCUCAGCCAUCAGCCGCACAGGCCUCCAAACCGGGCAAGAAAAAGGGGAAGAAACCCCUUAAUGCAUUAGAUGUCAUGAAGCACCAACCGUAUCAGCUCAAUGCAUCCUUGUUUACUUUCCAACCUCCAGAUGCAAAGGAUGGCCUCCCCCAAAAGUCAUCAGUCAAGGUCAAUUCAGCCCUGGCCAUGAAGCAAGCUCUUCCUCCCCGGCCAGUGAAUGCUGCCUCACCUACGAAUGUGCAGGCUUCGUCAGUGUACUCGGUACCAGCCUAUACCUCUCCUCCUUCCUUCUUUGCAGAGGCCUCCUCACCAGUCAGUGCAUCCCCAGUGCCUGUGGGCGUUCCCACCUCGCCAAAGCAAGAAUCAGCCUCAUCAUCUUAUUUUGUGGCACCAAGGCCAAAGUUCUCAGCCAAGAAAAGUGGUGUCACAAUUCAGGAGAGUGGGCGCUCCCUUUCUCUUCCCGGAAGAUCAGUCCCACCCACCAUUUCUGCAUCUCCUUGGGUAUACCAGCCUACUUAUAGUUACUCUAGCAAACCAACUGAUGGACUAGAGAAAGCAAACAAGAGACCAACUCCUUGGGAAGCAGCAGCAAAAUCUCCUCUCGGUCUAGUGGAUGAUGCUUUCAGACCCAGAAACAUCCAGGAAUCCAUUGUGGCAAAUGUGAUCUCAGCAGCUCGGAGGAAGGUGCUUCCAGGGCCUCCAGAGGAUUGGAAUGAAAGAUUGUCCUAUAUUCCUCAAAGCCAGAAGGCCUAUAUGGGCUCAUGUGGAAGGCAAGAGUAUAAUGUCACAGCCAAUAAUAAUAUGUCCACCAACUCCCAAUAUGGUUCACAGUUGCCAUAUGCAUAUUAUAGGCAGGCUUCAAGAAAUGAUUCCACAAUCAUGUCCAUGGAAACCAGGUCUGAUUACUGUCUUCCAGCAGCUGAUUACAACUACAACCCACAUCCAAGGGGAUGGAGACGCCAAACCUGAAAGUUAGACGAAUGGAUCAUGUGCCAACUGUGGUUUUUUAAAAAAUGCUCCUUUGUAGGGUUUUAAACUUUUCUAAUAGAUUUAAUUUCACUUUUGGUCUUGGCUUGUUCUCAUAAGUCAUUUAUCUAAGUUUGUGUUUCUAUGUGUGUGUAUACACAUACAUAUACACACACACACAAGUAAGUGUGAAUACUUCCUUGUCGGCUGAUGCGUAGAGAAUUCCUUUGAAGAAAAUUUCACUAUCUGCAUUGAUGUACCAGCACUUAUAUGUAAUUCAUAAUUUUGAUUCCAUUUGUAGGUAUUCUAUGCAACUAAACUCUACUCAAUUAAAGUAAAACUAACUAUUUCUUCAUUGCACCUUAGUCCAGGAAGAAAUUAAUGGAAUAUGGUGUGCUAAUUAUCACUACCUAUAACAGCAAGGAAUAUAACAUUGCAGAAAUUUCUCAUAGGGGCAUGCCAGUGAGCAAUUAUUUAUUUAUUAUUUUAUGUUUUAAUUUUUUAUUUUUUUGAGACAGUGUUGCUCUGUCACCCA